CUGUCCGGCGUCUUCCACACCCCUAGCGACCCUCUUCGCUCCAUCUUCUACUCCGGUCCCGAGGCUUCCCAGAGCAUCGCCGACGGGCUUUCCCGUGCUGCCCGUGGCGCCGGUAACGGUGUCCCCGAUCCCGCGGGUUGCUGCGCCCGUGACUCCACCGACGGUGCGGGAGACGCCACCGACCGUGUUGCCGAGCGUGGAGGUAACGAAUUUGGCGGCGCCAGUGACACCGGUAUCUUGAGAGGAGGAGAAGGCGUUGUUUGGCAUGUUGGUUUGGUCGAGGUGGAGGUGGAAGAGAGACUCGAGCGUUCCUCCUAUGCGAUCUUAGAUCUAGGAGCGGAAUGCUUCGUCGGAGAGGGCUUUCGCCAAGGGGAUGAUCCCCAAGACGCAUGCGCCCCAUAUAUCACGGUCGGAUAUGAUGCGACAGGAUGUGAAGGUUACCUUUGCAACAAACCCGUCUGCUGUCCUCCGGAAAUCGAACAAGAAAUCGACCUCGGCGACUGCGUCUGGCGUGGCUCAGCGGAUUGCCACGGACAAUGCACUACGGGCUACGUUCAAUUAGCCCAGUCCACGUGGGAUGAAUCCACCGCUAUCGAGAAUGUGCAGAGCAACUGCAAGACCGGAUCAAAGGCUCUCUGCUGCUACCUGCGAUCAUACGGGGAGAUGUUUGCCGGAUGCUACCACACUCCUGGUUUUGGAUACCCCUGCGUCCACGACUACAUCAGCAUCGCCCAUUUCUGGAACCCCUGGAUACCUUGGAAAAACGGACGCCCGGAAUACGGUCCGGGAGAAGACCUUUGCUGUCCGAUGAGUUCUCCACUGCCCUUUAUUAAUUGUCAUUGGGUGGGCGACGGCGAUUGCAUGGAUGCGAACUGCGCGGCGAGUGAGGUUACCCUUUCAAUUAAUGCUUUUGGAGGCGAUGGGGAAUCGUGUAUUGGUGCUCGUUUAAAGUCCCUUUGCUGUACGCCGAAUUUUGCGGUUCUGGAUGGAAUGGCCGUCGGUAUUGAUGGAUUUUGCUUGGAGGAUCCGUAUGGAUGUGAGGAUGGAGAAUAUGAUGAUAAUGAGGAUGGAGAGUAUGAUGAUGGAGACGAAUACUUCACGUAG